GUUCCCAAAAAUUUAUUCUUCUAUCCUUGAUGUUAUUUUGUAAUCCCGAAACUUAAAAAACCCCGCUAACCCUCUCCCUCAUUUCAUUCUUUAUACACUCCUCUGAAAUCCAUCAACUCUACGGCCAUCAUCAAGAAGCAACCAAAUUCCCAAGCUUUUUUACGUCAAAAGCAGGACUGAUUUCUCCUCAAUUGGAAGUUGUACUCCAUGGAAAUACAGAGGAAUAUCAUGGUGAAAGGAGAUGGAGACCGACUCACUAAUCUGCCGGAGCCGAUUCUACUCCAUAUCCUCUCUAUGUUGCCGGACGGAAAACAAGUUGUACAAACCAGCACAUUAUCUAAACAAUGUAGAUUUCUUUGGAAAUCCGUUCCACUAUCACUCAAUUUCCCCUUCCCCAAGUAUCCCUAUGAUAGUAACAUAAACAGCAAGAAAAUUCUUGCUUUCGUAGCUUCCACCAAUAGAGAGCUUCACUAUUGGAGGUCUUGUGAGAAAAUCAAAGCAUUUAGGGUUUUUCCCUAUAAAUACAGGGAGUAUCUUGCUAAAGAUGUGGAUUUUUGGGUACAUUUUGCCACUAAGAUUGCUAAUGUUGAAGAGUUUACACUUAAAUUUUACUGGACGCGUUAUCCGGAUUACGCAUAUAAGUUUCCUCAGUUUGCGUAUAGGAAUACAUCAUUGAGGAAUUUGGUUCUAGGUAAUUGCCAGUUAAACCCUACUGGUAGUGUUAAUUGGAGUAGUCUUGUUAAUCUUUCAAUUGGUGACGUGGCAUUGCCGGAGGGUGUUAUGGAAAAAGUAUUAUCAGGUUGCCCUAACUUGGAGUGCUUGGAACUAGAUAAAGUUGGUGGCAUUCGUCGUUUGGAAAUUAACUCUGUGAAGCUGAAAAAAUUGAUUAUAACAAACUACCAAACAGAAGUUGCUGAAGAGGUUGUCUAUUGUCUCGAAAUAUUUGCCCCGUAUGUUCGACAUUUGGAACUUUUGGGGUUGUGCUGCUAUGGGAUACGCUUUCAGCUGAGAAAUAUGGCUUCACUUGUUACUGCGGUCCUUUCUUUAAGUGUUGAUUUUUAUGAACUUGAAGGUGAAAAAGACAGAUUGGAAAAGGAGUGUAGAUAUUUCCAGGAACUUCUUCACAGCGUUGCCCAUGUCGAGAACCUUGAAUUGGGUCCCUGGUGCAUCGAGUGCCUGUCCAUACUGGAGUUGAAAGGGUGGCUGUUUCCAACAUCAAGCUGGAAAUUCUUAAAACUUAACGCAGCCUUAGAACAGUUGGACUACCCUGGAAUUUGCAGUUUUUUACAGAGUUCAUCAGAUCUUGAGACAUUGGUCUUUGACUGGAACAAUCACAAACCAAGAGACCUGUUGUCAAGGUACCCAAACGAGGAUGAACAGAGCAAGAGGUUCAGGACACAUAAUUUUAACUGCUCUUUGCUACAUCUGAAGACCAUCAAGAUCAUUAAUUUUGAUGGACCACCACUAAGUGGAAAUAAAUCUGUAGUGCCAUUGGUAAAAUUUUUGCUCAAGAAUGCAACAGUGUUAGAAAAGUUCGUCAUUGCUGUCAAGUUUGAAGGGAGUGAUGUGUCUCAGGAUCAUGUUAAGAUGGCCCAGGAGGUUCAAAGCUUUCCCAGAUCCUCUCCACACGCUUCAGUUGUCUUUCCUUAUUGAUAGAAUUUGGCCUCUAUCAUUUGUGUUGAUCGCGACAUGUGUAAUCACUGUUGCUUUAUGUUUGAAACUGGUUGCAAUUGAUAGACAUGGCUAGACUUGUACUUUUCAGUAGUUCUUAAUGUCUAAGUAACAAUAUUUUGCUUCUCUGAUCAUCAUAUAAGAAAGCUUGCUCUAAAUGUUUUGUGA